ACAACUCUGCCAAUUUGUCACUAGUUGAGUUUUUUCCCUCGGUACCAUGGCGGGCGCAGUGGUUAGAUUAACGGUUAAAAGUGGCACAAUAAUCGCCCAGCGCUCCAGCGUGGGAGUGGCGGCCACCCGAUCUGUCAGAUUCUCCAGUGGAACAGGUCAAUCCACUGGCGGAUUUGCUAAACACCACAAAUCGCGACGCCUAUGGCAAAUCGCAGGCGGUGGCGCUCUAUCUUUGGCCGCCCUGGCGGCUUUCAUCAAACUUCGGUCCUCCGAGAAUCUCGUAAAUGCCGUCAGCCUCAAGCGACGAAUGCGCGAUGAUAGUGAGCUGGAAAAUGUGAAGCUAACAGCCCGAGAGCGUCGAUUCAUCAAGUUCGCAUCCGUGGAGUUUGACGAUCAGCUCUACAUGACCCCCCAAGACUUCCUAGAUUCGGUUGUGGAGCAGGAACCCAGACCUCGUCUGAAACGCCGGCAACUUUCCAAUGAUGAAGUGGAGAAAUAUAAGGAAAACACUCCUGCUCUCAAGAAGGGUUCGACGCGACUAUUUCGAAGCUUGAGAGAUAAAGGCAUUAUCUCCUAUACGGAAUAUCUCUUUCUCCUUUCAAUCUUAACAAAACCAAAAUCUGGAUUCCGCAUUGCCUUCAACAUGUUCGAUACGGACGGAAAUCAGCGGGUGGACAAAGAUGAGUUCCUAGUGAUCAUUUCCAUUUUGGCCGGCGCUUUCAAAGACAUUCAAAAUGUCGAUCCAAAAACCCAGCAAAUUCUGUCGCGUUUAGUUUCCUUCGAUGAUCAAGGCCAGGUGGUGAAGCCCAUGGUAGUGGCGAAUCCCAAGAGGGGUCUCAUGGAACGCAUUUUCAGCGGUGCUUGGAAGGAGAAGCACGGCGAACACGAGCCGGAGCAGACCGACGAAACGCCCACUCCCACUCCCCUGGAGAAUUAUGUGAACGAUGGCGAAGGAUUGCAGAGACGUCAUGUGGUGGCCACCACCCUACAGCUGCACUUCUUCGGAAAACGCGGCACUGGAGUGAUCAAUUUUGACAACUUCUACCGCUUCAUGGACAACCUGCAGACGGAAGUGCUCGAGCUGGAGUUCCACGAAUUUUCAAAAGGUAACAGUGUUAUCAGCGAGCUGGAUUUCGCCAAAAUUUUGCUACGGUAUACGUACCUGGCCACCGACGAAUACGAUGUCUUCCUGGAGCGUUUGCUGGAGCGGGUGAAGGAUGAGAAGGGUAUAACGUUCCACGACUUUAGGGAUUUCUGUCAUUUCCUCAACAAUCUGGACGACUUUACGAUCGCCAUGCGCAUGUACACCCUGGCAGAUCGCGCUAUAUCCAAGGAUGAAUUCGCUCGAGCUGUGAAAAUCUGCACUGGCACUAAACUGAGUCCCCACUUGAUCGACACCGUGUUUGCCAUAUUUGAUGCUGAUGGAGAUGGACUGCUGUCCUACAAGGAGUUCAUUGCCAUUAUGAAGGACCGUCUGCAUCGGGGCUUCAAAGUAAGUGGUCGUUUCUUUGAUUACAACGAGGCACUGGACGCCUAUGACGAGCCCGAUUACCCUAUGUUUGUGGCCUGGCGACAUCGCGUCUGCCGGCAUUUGGAAUACUUCAUCGACAGCGAUGCGCUUUGGCACUGAAAUCUUAGAUUUUAAAUUAUUUAAUUUAUAUAUUUAACUAGUCCCUUGUUUUGUAUGUCGCUUUUUGUGCUAAUCGCGCUGUCCAGCAUUGAAUGUUUACUCAUGAGUGUUUGUUUAGUUUUGUCUUGCCUGUAAGCUUAAUGUUUAAAUUGGUUUUAUUUUAUUUAAUUAUAACACUUUAACCUAUUUUUUAAUUAUUGGCCAUAUAACCAUUAAAUACUGAUACACACAAAA